UAAUAGAGAUGUUGGUAGCUUUUGUUCCACGCUAGGAAUCACGCACCCUGUGAUUCUAACACCUUCCACCGUCUUCACCAUGAAAACUAAAACCAAUUCAACAGCACCACAAUUUCCCUCUUCGUGGUGUUUAAUCAAACACUUGAUCUCCAUUCAUGUGAACGAAAGAAGCAAUUGAAGGAAUGUGGUAGCUGUUCAAAGGCAUAACAUCAUCAUCAUCUGAUCUGAAGUUGAAUUAGCGAAAAACUUUCAGCAGAUAUGCCCAAUCAAAAUUCUUCUUCAUUUCAAUCGAAUCAGACAACGUCUUCGUCGCCUGACUUCAAUUUGAGUUUAUCAGAAAGGGCGUUUGCCGCAGCUGGAGCCGCUUUUCUAUCUGCAGUUAUAGUAAAUCCUCUCGAUGUCGCAAAGGCAUUUAAAGAUGGCCAACAACAUGGAACAAAUUAAGCUUCCUGGAGUUGGGGUUGUUUCUGCAGACACAAACACCACGAAGAACCUUAAUAAUAAUAAUAAUAAUAAUAGCAGCUCAUUUCGAUUCUUAUGGACGGGUCUUGGGGCACAACUAUCUCGUGAUGUUCCAUUUUCUGCGGUUUGCUGGGUUACCCUGGAACCAGUGAGGAGGCGGAUACUAGGAAUGUUG